AUUAUGAAAAAAUGUGAUUCGCAAUUCCAAAAAACAAUUAUUUUUUUUUCGAACCAAACGGCGGCGUGCAGGAGAAGAAAGAAGAAAUGGAAGGGAAGAAUCCACAGACUGCGCCAGAAAUGAAAGAGCGCAACAUGUAAAAGCAACCUCAACCACCUUCUUCCUCUCGUUCCUCUUCUGAAAAUUGGAUUUGGAGGUGAAAGGAGAGAGAACGCAAAAGGAAGAGAAAAUGCCAGUGGCAAAACCAGAAUCAUCGGAUGCCAGGAUCAUCGCUCACGUCGACAUGGACUGCUUCUAUGUUCAAGUGGAGCAGCGGAAACAGCCGAAUCUAAGGGGCCUACCCACUGCUGUGGUACAGUACAACUCCUGGAAAGGUGGGGCUUUGAUUGCUGUUAGCUAUGAGGCCCGUAGAUAUGGUGUGAAGCGUUCAAUGAGAGGUGAAGAGGCCAAGCAAGUUUGCCCACAAAUUCAGCUGGUUCAAGUCCCAGUUGCUCGUGGUAAAGCUGACUUGAAUGCAUACCGCAAUGCAGGGUCAGAGGUGGUGUCUAUCCUUGCAAAGAAGGGCCGAUGCGAACGGGCUUCAAUUGAUGAAGUGUAUCUCGAUCUUACUGAUGCAGCAGAAACAAUGCUAGCUGAAAAUCCUCCAGAGAGCUUGGAAGCAAUUGGCGUAGAAGCUCUUAGAUCUCAUGUUUUGGGGCUUAAUGAGGAUGGAAGUGAUGUCAAAGAAAAUGGUGUGAAGGAGUGGCUCUGCAGGAGCAGUGCUGAUCGUCGGGAUAAGUUGUUAGCUUGUGGUGUCCUCAUUAUCGCAGAACUUAGGAUGCAAGUUUUGAAAGAGACAGAAUUUACAUGUUCUGCUGGAAUUGCUCAUAAUAAGAUGCUGGCCAAACUUGCAAGUGGAAUGAAUAAGCCUGCACAACAAACUGUCGUGCCCUUUUCCUCUGUUAAAGAACUGCUCAAUUCCUUGCCAAUAAAGAAAAUGAAACAGCUUGGGGGGAAGCUGGGGAGUUCCUUACAAAGUGACCUUGGUGUGAACACUGUUGGGGAUCUCUUGCAGUUUUCAGAGGAGAAGCUGCAGGAAUGCUAUGGCAUAAAUACCGGUACAUGGUUAUGGAAUAUUGCAAGGGGGGUCAGUGGAGAAGAAGUUCAAGGGCGUCUUCUUCCCAAAAGCCAUGGUUCUGGAAAGACAUUUCCUGGUCCUUGCGCUUUGAAGACGAUAACUUCUGUUCAACAUUGGCUCAAUAAACUUUGCGAAGAACUGAGUGAACGUCUCUGCAAUGACUAUGAACAAAACAACCGGAUAGCACACACACUCACUCUGCAUGCUGGAGCGUACAAGUCCAGCGACACAGACUCACAGAAGAAAUUUCCUUCUAAGUCAUGUCCAUUGAGGUACGGGACUACCAAGAUUCAAGAAGAUGCCCUAAACCUAUUUCUGAGUGGAUUGCGUGAAUUUCUAGGCUCUUAUAGAAUCAAGAGUGAAGGAACUCAAUGCAAUGGAUGGGGCAUAACAGCUCUCUCUGUUUCAGCAAGUAAAAUAGUUGCUAUACCAUCUGGAACACGUUCAAUCACAAAAUACUUCAGUAGCCAAGAUCCAUAUUCCUCUUCAUCAAAGCAAUCACACAAUAAAUUGAUCCAAGAAUGUCCACCAUCAUCACCCUCAGGAAGUGACGGCUGUGUGCAACUGAAUGCAAUUGAGGAACAAAUUAAUUUCCCUGGGGAAGAAGCUACAAUUAAGUAUCUUAUGCCUAGUUUUGAUCAAGAGGAGCAGAAGAGUAAAUUGUGUGAAGAUGAGGAAGCAACUUACUCAUCAUCAGAGCGAGCACAGUUUGUGUUCACCCGAGAAACUUCACCUCUACCACCUUCAGGGAGUGAGAGCUGUUUGGAACUGAAUAAAAUUGAACAAGAAGGAGAGUUUUUUGGGGAAGUACCUGGGAACAAAUAUGUCCAGCCUAAUUUGGAACGUCAAGAACAUAAAAGAAACAAAUUCAGAGUUGAGGGAACAUCUUCGAUCUUGAGAUUUUUCCAAAGUUCUAGUACUUCUUGCUCAUCACGGGAUGAAGGUCAUGCUGAAGCACCAUCAUUCUCAGGCAAUCAGCUUAUGAGUGGUAGUGGUUCAGAAGUGAAUCAAGCUGACCUGCCGAAGGAGAGUCUACUUGCUGAGUCUGGGAAUAGCACUAGCAGGCAUGGUCUGGGCCAAGAUGAAUGCAGAAGGGAAACAUGGAAUUACAAUGUUGAUGAGAUUGACCUCUCCGUAAUUGAUGAAUUACCUCCGGAAAUACAGCAAGAACUUCGGGCCUGGCUCCGGCCUAAAAAACGGGCAAAAAUAUCCAAACAACAAUCUAGUAUUGCCCAUUACUUCUUACCCCCCAAAAAUGUAUAGAUAGACCCAAAUGAUCUUGUCAUGUGUUAUAGUUAUGUUUGUGCAGCUUGACUAGUUUGCUAAUUACUUGAAAGAACUUAAUGUGUGAGCAAAGUAGAAUGCUCAUCUAGCCUUUCACAUUCUCCAUGUCAAUCUUUCAAAUUCUUUUUAUUUGUGCACAUCUGUGUCAUUCAGCAUUCUUCUCGGCCAUUUGUGUUAAUAGAAUCCAUAGAACCUAAGUUCGUCA